CGCGUCCGCAAGCUGCACGCCGAAUCGGACAACGCGACGUUCAGCGGCGGCGAAGACAACUGCGACAGCCGCUCCCACCUCAGCACCGCUUCCGCUCCCAGCCACCCCGAGGCGGGGCCUUCGCACCGGAAACGCUCCCGGGCGUCCGACGAUUCCGGACCGGAAGUGGACCCGGAAACGGCCGCGGAGAACGCCGGAAGCGGAGGAGGAGGCGGAGGUGGGGGAGGGGGAGGAGGAGGAGGAGGGGGCGGAGGCCGCGGCACGCCGGAACCCGGGGCGGACGGAGGCGGAAGUGAGAUCGAGCUCGUCUUCCGGCCGCACCCGCUGCUGGUCGAUAAGGGGGAGUACUCGCAGACACGGU